AUGGUUGCUAGGAAGGGUGCUGCAUCUUCCAAAGGCAAGGAGAUUGUGCAAGAACCAGAUCGAGAACUGUUCCCAACCGAAAAAAAGAGGAAGUUGUGUGCUAUUGCUGCAGAGGGCUCUAAACCCAAAAAAAGUGGUGUUCUACAAAUGAAAAGUGAAGCAAAGGGUGCUGCUAUUGGUGAAGGGACCAGUACGGAAUCAGUUCAGGCUACUUAUGCCUUGGUGAAACAGUUGAGUGACCAGAACCAGAUGAUGCAGAAUAUGCUGAAUAGUGUUACUCAACUUUGCACUACUCUUCAAGAAUCCCACAGGAGAGUUGAGGCGAAAGAAGAAGAGGAGGAGGAAGAGCAAGAAGAAGCGGAGGAGGAAGAUAACGAAGAAGAUGUUUCAGAGAAUCUUGAGGAGGAACAAGAUGAUGGGACUGAAAACGACUCUGGAGAUGAUUGA